CUCUGGCGGGCUGUGCGGAGGAUUAAUCCCCCUAUACAUUUCCAACACGCUGUCAAUCUUGAGCCAAGGAAAACAUCUCACCUUCAUUUCCUCACCAUCAGCUAUCAUGCAACCUAUUGAAACCUUGUCUGUAUUUGAGGCUGCUCAGAAUACAGUUUUAAUGAAUGGACUUUGUCUUGUCACUGAAUCAACAGAAGAUAUCACUUCUGUGGCAGUUCCAGAGACCAAGGAAUUCCAGCACGCUAAAUUAACCCUAGAGGUAUCAGACCGGAUGUAUUGCUCUGUUUGUUCAAAGGCUUUUGAGAAUCGAGAUGAACAGAAGGAUCAUUAUCGGCUAGAUUGGCAUCGCUUCAACCUAAAACAGCGAUUGUUGGGACGUCAGAUGCUCACAGCUGAAGAAUUUGAAGCGAAGACUCAAGCAGAUGACGUUUCCAGUAUCUCUGGUUCUGAUUCCAGUGACUGUGAGUCAAAUAGUGAAUCUGAAUCACAAUCUUGUCUGAACGGUGAAAGAAAAGGAACCGGCUACUGCAAUCCACGCUCUCAGCACGUAUUGUUCAGAAACUCUGAAGCCCAACUCAUUUCAGUCUUUCGCUGUGUACUGCUAAACACUACAAAGGGCAGUUUGGAAGAGACUGGAGACCUAGUGACUUCCCUUCAGAGGCAGAACCCCAGAACCUCCUGGGUUAUCCUGAUGGCUGGUGGAGGUCACUUUGCUGGAGCUGUUUUUCAGGGGAAUGAGAUAUUGGCACACAAAACUUUCCAUCGAUACACUGUGCGAGCUCGACGAGGUACAGCCCAAGGAGUGAGGGAUGGUCAGGGGACAAUGCCAAAAUCUGUUGGUGCCUCAUUACGGCGUUACAAUGAGGCUGCUCUCCUUAAAGAUAUUCAGGAGCUGCUAACAAGCUGGACAAGUUAUUUAAAAGAAGCAGAGUGCAUCUUCCUUCGUGCUCCGCACAAUAACCAAGCUCCCUUCUUCAGCAGCAAGCUUGGCCCUCUCCAGCGAGGGGACCCGCGUAUUCGGCGUAUUCCUUUCAGCACCCGAAGAGCCACCUUCCGUGAGGUGGGACGGGUCCAUGGGACUUUAAGCAGCCUGCUGGUAUAUGGAAAUAAUACAACAGUGGCAGAUCUGACGAAUUCUCCUCGGAAGACCUGGAAAAAAGUAGCUCAUAAAGAUGAAGCACCUACAGAGCCUUCUGGCACUAUCUCUGCAGCAAGGACAGAGGAGGAAGAAGAAGUGGGGGAAGAAAAUCUGGAACUGGUGGAGGAGACAGUAAAUUUAUUGGAUUUACGUGAAUUUGAGGUGACGCCAAAACAGAAUCGUAAAAAGAGGAGGAGGAAACCCAAGACACUGCCAAAGUCUAACAUGGAGACUUCAGGAAGUGUUGAACCCAAUACGUCAGUAUGUAGAGGACUAGAGUCAGCUGAGGUCCAAGAACAGCAAGAGUCUCAAGAUGCUCCCAGCACAACUGUGCAAGAUGCCUUAUUCACAGCAUGCAAAAUGGGAGACAUGGGAGCCCUACAGCAUCUUCUGGGAACGGCUGAUAACACAACCGAUAACAGUGAGCACAGCGAUAGAGUCACAAAACAGUUGCUCAACGCACCCCUGGAUGAGAGUGGCUGGACUGUUUUGCACGUGGCAGCAGCAGCAGGAAGAGCUGCAGUUGUGCGGCUCUUGUUGGAGAGUGGGGCUGACCCUGCCAUCAGGGACAGCAAAGAACAGCCGCCCUACUGUGUGUCUACCAAUAAGCAAACCCGUAAUGAAUUCCGUAGAUUCAUGGGUGAACAUCCAGAGAGAUACGACUACACCCAGGCUCAGGUGCCUGGCCCUCUAACUGCAGAAAUGGAAGCCAAACAGGCAGAACGCCGACGAGCACAGAAAGCCCUACGGAAGCAGCGAGAACGAGAAGAACGUGAAGCACAAUUACUUCUUGAGCAAGAACAGGAAGAGAAAAGACGGUUUGCCCUGCUCAGUGAUCGUGAGAAGCGUGCUCUGAUGGCUGAGAGGAGAUUUGCUUCCCAAUUAAAAGACUCUGGUGCAUCUUUGACCAACACCAGACGCUGCUGGUUUUGUGGGGAAUCUCUGCUGGGUUGCAUUCCUUUCCAUUACCUCGAUUUCUCCUUCUGCUCCACAAAUUGUCUUCAAGCCCAUCGACGAGGGAAAACUGCCCCAUCCUAGCUGGAGGUUUUGCUUUGGCAUCAAGGGACUGUGCUACAAUAGAAAUCCCAGGACUGUUGUCGCUUUAGAAUGAUGAGAGAUUAAGCACAGCAGGGAAGUCACAAGUAAUUAUCUCCAAGUACUUCACAGGAGACUAAUAUGGACCGCUGUUAUUUGAGAAAUGAACUUUUUUUUGUAAGAAUGUAGGCUUUUCAAUUUGAAACUAGAUUUAGGAAUUGGUUAAAAAGAGCAGCCUCUCUCCCCAGAUAUGUUGGACCGGCCCCACUGGAAUUCACUGCUGACUGGGAGUUCUGUAGGUUAAGAAUUGUAAUACAUAUUUGCUGUGCAGGUUAAAGACGACUAUUUUAGGGAGUAACUGAACAAACAUCAUAGAUAACAAAAAUGGAAGAAUCCUGGAGCGCUUUUUUUUUUUACCUAAUGCUAUUUGAUUAUCUCUUAGCUAGUACUUUCAUAAGCAGCAAUAGAUGUCUUAAGAAUCAAGAUAAACCCAUGAUCUAUUUAAUAUAAAGCACAAAGAACUUUACAUCUGUUCCUAUGUUUAAAUGUGCCUUAUCCCCAAGUAUGUCUUGUGCUUACCUGAUUCAUCCUACUUUCACUGAACUUUGGCAGCUUCCAAUUUCAACUCUCUCUUUGAUACUGGAAUGCCAAGAAUGGAUUACAGUGCUAUGCCAGGUGCCUGCAUUUUUAAUUUGGUGACGAGCAUUAUCCACCCUGAGCACUUAUACAGCGUCAACUUCAAUUAAUAUUGAAAGACUUGAUCUCCAGAUAACUGUAGUUUACUUGGCUUGUUCAUUACAACUUAAGCUACAGUCCG